GGCGAGGCUUGGGGAUGAAAGGUAGGAAGGGAGCCCAAGAGAGCGGGAAGGAGCACUUUGUGGCACCCCCAGUAAGGUGCUGGGCUUGGCAGAUUUAGGAGAUCCGGUCUUUGGCGAAGGUCACGGUCACGGUCAGAGGAAGGGAAGAGAGGACCGAGAGCAGUCCUCCUUCCUUCUGGAGCUCCUUCUUCCCCAGGGCAAGGAACACUUGCUAAGUGCAUCCCGGCGCCAGGCGCCGCUGGUCAUUGAGCAGUUACUACUCCCAGGUGCUGGGCUUGCCUGCGGGGAAUACAGAUGGCCGCAGAAAGGAGCUUCCUGCCCUUCAGGAGCUUGCAGUCUGGCUUAGGAGAGACAUUCACAGCGCAGCCUGGCCCGGGCAGAUCUCUGGCUCAGGGGGGCACUGAAAGGGAGGGCUCUCGCACCGGGUAAAGGAAGUCUAGAAGGUAUCCCAGAAAGCACGAGGCUGUUGGGAAUCAAGUCCCAGGCAGCUCCGGCUCUCCAGCUGCUUCUCACUGGGGAAGAGUUCGGUCUGAGGGUUCCCAGGGAUGGGGAGCUGUCUCCAGACCUUCUUGGUUUGAAGGGGCAGGGUGGCAGGCAGGUGGUCUUCGAUUGCCUUUUAUAGGUUCAGGUGGCCUGGCCGAGUGCAGAAGCAUCCUCUUAAAUGUCCUCAGGGCUCUGACUUGAGGUUCAUUUCUCCACUGACGGCGGCUCCCAUGUUGGCUUUUAUCUCUUACCUCCUACAAAAAACUUUGCUGAUUUUCCCAAAUUGGGGUGGUCCCUGUCCCCAAAUUCCUUUAUAUUUAUGUGUAUUUUUCAUACUUCGCUGUGUACAUAGUGUUUCCCCUCAGGAGGAUGCAGCUGACUCCCCAAUCUCAGAGUGAAGGGCAGCAUGGCCUAGGGGAUGGAGCACUUCCUAUACCUGGAGUCAGAUGGAUCCAAGUUCUUAUCUUCCCUUAGAUAAUAGUUGUGUGAUCCCAGACAAUUCACUGAACUCUUAGUUUUCUCUGAAAAAUGGAGGUUGGGGCGGGAGGAAGGAUCAGAUUCCUUGUCACCUAAGGCUCUUUCUAACUUAAAGUCUAUGAUCUGUGAGAUCCAGCUCUCCUCUUUCCUAGAUCAGCCUUGUCUCACCGCAUCUUCUCCAAGAUGUGCUGUAGUCACCUCCAGCUCAGCAUAAUUUAUUAGCUUUCUCCUUAGACCUGUCCCUCAUCCUACCUUCCCUAUUUUUGCUGAGUGUUCUAUUCACUAGGCCAUGCUGCCUCUCACUACAUCCUCCUAAGGGGAAAUACAUACUUAAUUAAGUGAAUACAAAACCCUCACCAUCCUUCUAGCCAUCCAGCUUCAAAACCUUGGGUUCGCUCUCAGCUCCUCAUUCUCUCACAGCUCGUAUUCAACUAGUUGCUAAGUCUUGGCAGGCCUACUUCUAUCACAUUUCUCAAAUCUGUCCUCCCAUGUUUACUCACAUGCCCUUUGCCAUAUGAAGGAAACUUCUGUGGCUCUUUGUUGUCUCUAGGAUAAAAGACUAGUCCUUAAAAUUUGGCAUUUAAAUUCCUCCACAUAGGGCACCUAGAUGGUGCAGUGGAUAGAGCAUCGGUCCUAAAGUCAGAAGGACCUGAGUUCAAAUCCAGCCUGAGAUACCUCUGAUACUUUUUAGCUGUGUGACCCUGGGCAAAUCACUUUUUUUUUUUUAAUAACUUUUUAUUGAUAGAACGCAUGCCAGGGUAAUUUUUUUUACAGCAUUAUCCCUUGCAUUCACUUCUGUUCUGAUUUUUCCCCUCCCUCCCUCCACCCCUUCCCCCAGAUGGCAAGCAGUCCUUUACAUGUUGAAUGGGUUACAGUAUAAUCCUAGAUACAAUAUAGGUGUGCAGAACCGAACAGUUUUCUUGUUGCACAGGGAGAAUUGAAUUCAGAAGGUAUAAAUAACCCGGGAAGAAAAACAAAAAUGCAAGCAGUUUAUAUUCAUUUCCCAGUGUUCUUUCUCUGGGUGUAGCUGCUUCUGUCCAUCUUUGAUCAAUUAAAGCUCUCUUUAUUGAAGAGAUCCACUUCCAUCAGAAUACAUCCUCAUACAAUAUCGUUGUCGAAGUGUAUAAUGAUCUCCUGGUUCUGCUCAUUUCACUCAGCAUCAGUUCAUGUAAGUCUCGCCAGUCCUCUCUGUAUUCAUCCCGCUGGUCAUUCCUUACAGAACAAUAAUAUUCCAUAACAUUCAUAUACCACAAUUUACUCAGCCAUUCUCCAAUUGAUGGGCAUCCAUUCAUUUUCCAGCUUCUAGCCACUACAAACAGGGCUGCCACAAACAUUUUGGCACAUACGGGUCCUUUUCCUUUCUUUAGUAUCUCUUUGGGGUAUAAUGGGCAAAUCACUUAAUCCCAAUUGCCUCAUGCACACAAAAAAAUUUCUCUAUAUUAUGACUUCAUUUUUCUUUCUCUAGAGCUCUGCUUCCCAGCCAAACUUGCCUUAGUUGCCCAUGCAUACUUCCCAGUAUUUGCCAUUUUAUCUCAACAUCUUUACAUAGGCUGUCCCUGGGAUCUUCAGGAUUCAGUUUAAAUGUCAACUCCCAAAAUAACUGUGUCAAUUUCCUCCAAACUAUCCCUCGAACUAAUUUAUAUUUAUUGUGUAUGUUUUAGGACCUAUUUGCACACAUACAUACAUGUAGAUAGAUAUAUAUGAUUUCCCCUCAGUAGCAUAUAAAUUCCUCAAGGGCAAGGAUUAUUUUCUCUUUUAUCUUUGUAUUUGUGGUAUCUAGCACAGUGCCUGGUAUGCAGUAGGUGCUCAAUGAAGGCUUAUUGAAUUGAAUGAGGAACAAGAAGAAUGAAAAGAAAAGAGAAGGGAAGAAGGGAGAAGGUUUGGGGUUAUGGGCGGGGGCAAUAACUUGUGAGGGAGGAUGAAUAAAGACAAGAACUGGUAGGUAGAAUUAGGGUCACCUUUGAAGAAAAGAGGCUGCCUCAAAGAGAGUAAUGACAUUGGAAGUGGAGAGAAUUACUAUUGACUUCUGACAUUCAGGCUGCUAGCCCUGGCCCGUCACCAACCUUGAAGGCCCACCUCCCCAGAGGUCCUCCUGACCCAUGCCACUUCCCAGUUCUUGUCAGUUGACUGUUUUCCUCUCCAGCCCUUUAGAGCCUACGAGGGCCAUGAGUGAGCUCAAGGACUGCCCGCUGCAGUUCCAUGACUUCAAGUCGGUGGACCACUUGAAGGUAUGUCCUCGCUAUACAGCGGUGCUGGCCCGCUCAGAAGACGAUGGCAUCGGCAUUGAGGAGCUCGAUACUCUGCAGCUGGAGCUGGAGAACCUGCUUUCUUCGGCCAGCCGGCGUCUUCGGGUGCUGGAGGCCGAGACCCAGAUCCUGACUGACUGGCAGGAUAAGAAGGGUGACCGACGAUUUCUGAAGUUGGGCCGGGACCAUGAACUGGGAGCCCCUGCAAAACAUGGCAAGCCCAAAAAGCAGAAGCUGGAAGGAAAGGCAGGUCAUGGGCCUGGCCCUGGCCCUGGCCGGCCCAAGUCCAAGAACCUCCAGCCCAAGAUCCAAGAAUAUGAAUUCACAGAUGACCCCAUUGAUGUGCCACGGAUUCCCAAGAAUGAUGCUCCUAACAGGCGAGGGGACUGUCUGUGCUCAGGGCCAGGCUCUGCUCCCAGGUUCUGGGCUUCCGUGGAGCCGUAUUGUGCCGACAUCACCAGUGAGGAAGUACGAACGCUGGAAGAGCUGCUGAAGCCCCCAGAAGAUGAGGCUGAGCAUUACAAGAUCCCACCCCUGGGGAAGCACUAUUCCCAACGUUGGGCCCAGGAGGAUUUACUGGAAGAACAGAAGGAUGGGGCCCGGGCAGCAGCCGUAGCCGACAAGAAGAAGGGCAUUAUGGGACCACUGACCGAACUGGACACUAAAGAUGUGGACGCUCUCCUUAAGAAAUCAGAGGCGCAGCAUGAGCAGCCUGAAGACGGGUGUCCCUUUGGUCCUCUGACUCAACGGCUCUUACAGGCUUUGGUGGAGGAAAACAUCAUCUCCCCCAUGGAAGAUUCCCCUAUCCCAGAUGUGUCUGGCAAGGAGUCUGGAGCCGAUGGUGCCAGUACCUCUCCUCGGAAUCAGAACAAGCCAUUCAGUGUUCCCCAUACGAAGUCUCUGGAGGGGCGAAUCAAGGAGGAGCUGAUAGCCCAGGGCCUGCUGGAGUCAGAGGACAGGCCGGCUGAGGACUCGGAGGACGAGGUCCUGGCUGAGCUGCGGAAGCGUCAGGCUGAACUGAAGGCGCUCAGCGCCCACAACCGAACCAAGAAGCAUGAUCUCCUGAGGUUGGCCAAAGAGGAAGUGAAUCGCCAGGAGCUGAGGCAGCGGGUACGCAUGGCAGACAACGAAGUCAUGGAUGCCUUCCGGAAGAUCAUGGCUGCCCGGCAGAAGAAGAGGACCCCGACCAAGAAGGAGAAGGACCAGGCCUGGAAGACGCUGAAGGAGCGGGAGAGCAUCCUCAAACUUCUGGAUGGAUAGUUAGCCCAGCCCGCAGUUCUUCUCAUUCUCCCAGAUGUUGGUGCCUAGAGGAAUGGGAAGAGCCUGCUGGCUUUCUCUGGCAGAAUGGACGGGAGCUGCUCUGCUGGCUGCCCCUCUUCACCGGACGUUUUAGACAAUGCCCAGCAAGGGAGCAGGAAGGCUCAGCUGGACAGGAGCUGGCCCCAGGCUGCGCUUGGCUCCACAUGACAUAUCGGUGUCUCAGCCUAGGCUUCCCUUCUCUCCUGUGUCUGGCUGUUGUCCCUUCUUCCCUCUCUUUUCUUUCAAGGACUUUGACCCUGUGUUUUUCUGAGGUGUGAACUUUAGAGUAAACAGACUGCUCUGGUUUUUAAGAAUAUAAUACAA